AUGUCGAAGAAUGAGGGGUAUGAGGACUUGACGGAAGGGAAGUUCGUAUAUUGGAUGAAUGCGGACAAGCACGUUGACCGCAAUCAGCUUGGCAAAAUUGUGGAGGUUUGUGAUGAUUAUGAUGACGGCAAGCUGACGGUCAAGUUCAGCACGGGCAAGUUCGAGAUAGAUCCGAGAUGGUUGUGUGCGUCGGACAUUCAGGUCGGUGCAUUUGUGCAAGUUGCCGGUGACUCUGACGAGGCCAUUGGAGAGGUCAAGGGCAUGGACGAGGAUGAUGACACAGUGAUUGUUGAAGUCAAAGGCGAGAACCAAAAGCACAAGCCAAAGAAGCUCAUCUUGUGCGAUGUUCAGCCCGAGAGUCUUGUGUUUUGGACCAAAGCCGAUGACGACAUCCCGGGGGGUCACCUGGGCGUUGCCUCGCACGACUUGAAUGAUAAAGGCAGGGUCAGGGUGAAGUUUCCCAAUGGCACAUGGCGUUUUAAGCCAUCUGAAAUGGUGCGAGCACACAUCCAGCCACUGUCAUAUGUGCAGUGGACAAGCCAUGACGAGGACAUCCCGAUAGGUGAGGUGGGACAAGUCGUCGGAGACAUGAACGACGAGGGCAAGGUCAAAGUUCACUUUGCUAAAGGAACGUGGAGGUUCAAGCCAGAGGACUUGUUCUUGUGCGAAAUACAGUUGGGAGCCUUCGUGAAGACGGAGCUUCGCAGUGGUGAAGUGGGCCAAGUGGUCGGGCUAAAGGUGGAGGAAAGCGGCCUCAGGGUUCAUUUCAUGAAUGGAACCUUCACCCUCACGAUGAAGGACCUCGAGCUCUACCGAAUCCAACCAGGCAAUUACGUCCACUGGAAGAAGCACGAUUCGGACAUUCCGGAAGGCUCUAUUGGGCAAGCAGUCCGAAUGAGGCGUGGUGAGAACCGCAUGUCCAUCAUAUGGCCAAAAGGAGGCUGGACGAUCAAGCCGAAGCAGCUUUCACUGUGCCCGGUCCAAAAGGGUCAGCGGGUCCAGUGGGUGAAAUCCAAUGAGGACAUAGCUGAGGGCGAUAUCGGGCAGGUGAUGUCCAUCAGGUAUAAGGACGAUGACGAAGACAACGGCAUGGAAGUGUACGUGAACUUCAGAAAGGACUACUUUUCCUUUUCUCCGAGCUCGCUGAAGCCCCUCCGCCUAGGCGCAGAUGUGAUCAACAGCGUGAAGGCGACUUUCAAGAAGUUCGACAAGAACGGCGAUGGCAAGCUCACCGAGGAGGAGUUGCUGGCGGUGCUGGGCAAGAUUGGAGGUGAUGGUGGGCUGAGCGAGGAUGAUUGCAAGACACUCUUCGGGUCUUUGGACAAGGAUGGAAAUGGCAAGCUCACGACUGACGAGUUUAUCCAGUACGUCUUUGGAUCUUCUGCUUCCACCAUGAAGAGGAUGCUUGCAGACGGCUUUGGCUUGGAAAGCGUUCUGGGCUUCAAGAAUGACGAUGGUGAGCAGGACGACGAUGACAGCGAAAAUAAACCGAGUAGUGGUCAGGCGGUUGACGGCCCAACGAAGCCUGUCACGGCGGAAUCGAUUGAGGAGAUCGAGGGCAUUGGUCCCGAAACAAUCGUGUCCCGGGCGGAGUGGGCGACUGCCAUGUUGUCAGUUGGCGUUUGCCGCCAAGCGGCACUUGAGGGCUUCGACGGCUGCCUGGCCGACUUGAAGCAAGAGGAGGAUCCCGCACUCAAAUACCUCGCCGCGGAGCUCGGGGGAAUGGGUGGCACCGCCGGCGUGGAAGAGUUGCGUGCCGCAGUCGGCAAGGUGAAGCAUGGCACGCUCGAGCUUGUGGACUUGUCGGUGCCGUCUGCAGAGGUUGAGGCAGAAAUCGAGUUGGCCAAGAAAACGGGUUGCGACGGCCUCCUUUUCCACCUCAAUAAGCAGGACAAGCCGUUUUCGGAAGCGUGGAGCGAGCUGACAUCGAAGUCUGCAAAGCUCUCUGCAAUCGAGUACGAGGCAAUGACCAAGAUCGGUGAGGAAAACAUGGAGGCAGUGAUGAAGGCGACGAGUGAGAACCCGCCAAUGGUCAGCGCUAUGGCCUCCCUACAGCGAGCCAGAGAGCAUUGCCGCCGGGAAGUUCAGGCGAUCAUUUUCGUGGACAGAGAGAAGCCAUGCAUAAACGGUUGGAAUCCCCGGCAUGCCUCGUCUGCCUUGCCAAAAAAAUGGGAGCGAGCGACAGACUUCCUGGACGACCCAAAGCUCACCAUUGACGGUCAGAAUGCGAACGACGUUGAUCAAGGUGACGUGGGCGACUGCUAUUUGCUGGGGGGCACUGCGGCUAUCGUCCGUCGUCGCAGAAGCUUCGUGCGUACAGUAUUCCCAGCAUACGAUAUUCAGGUCGGGGUCUACGGUGUACUUUUUAGCAUGGAAGGCCACUACACCUAUGAGAUCGUCGACGAUUACCUUCCUGUCAACAAUUCCAGCAAGAGGGUCUGGGCCAAAAGUACGAGCCCCCAGGAGCUAUGGGUGAGUAUUUUGGAAAAGGCCUAUUUCAAGCUCUACAAGUGUGUCGAGACUUGCUACGGAGGCCACACCCCAGAUGCGGUUCACUCCUUUCUGAGCGGCGUGCAUGGGAAGUAUUUGCUAUGUCCCGCGUACCACAAGGAACCGUCGGUUUACUUUGAGAAAUUGAAAGUUGCCUAUGAGGCCGGGGAGGUGUUGACUACCGACUUCUGGAAACCCAGCAAAGGCAAGUAUGCGGACUCUUGGUUGGGCCUUAUUGGCAAUCAUUCUUACUCGAUCCUAGAGGUGAAGGAAGCGCAUGGACACCAGAUGCUGUGCAUUCGAAACCCGCAUGCACAGGGUGAAUGGAAGGGUCCGUGGUCUGACAAGUCCGAAGAGUGGACCGAUGAGUUGCGCGAGGCAUUUGGGGUAGCCAACAAGGACGAGGGGGUCUUCUGGAUGGCCAUUGAGGACUUCCUCGAGUUUGUCGACGACGUCUACUUCAAUCGUACCUUCGGACCGGCUUGGAAGACCGCAUCCGUGUACGGACAUGCUGACAAGGAAAUCCCAAGAGCACGGGCCAAGAGAGAUUACCAAGCACGUGAACGGCACGAGCUCAGCUACAAGAAAGGUGACGAGAUCGAGUCGGAAGAGGCAAGAAACCGCUGGAUGAGUGGCAAGCACCUCCAGAGUGGACAAGUGGGCAAGUUCCAGCGUAAGAAAGUGGAGUACCAGUGUAAGGUCGUGUAUAAGUUCGUGUUUUCGGUCCAGGAUGUGGAGGAGAAUUCACCGAUCAUCUUGGCAUUGAUGCGGGAGGAUCACAAGCAAUGGCGCGAGUAUGAAAAGAAGACGUACAACGGCAAGGAGAUCAACGAGGCCAUCCAAGAGUGUCCAACUUGCUUCUUCUAUGCCCUUUCUCGUGCAGGGAAGACACUCCACAGUCGUGAGGAGACGAAACGUCUAUCUUGGACGCCCUUGGAAGUGAGAGAUUGCCCAUGCACUUUGUGGCUGACGUGUCCGGGUGGUCGGGGUCAGACAUGGACUCUGCGUGGAUUUGUGCCCCACGGAUCCUGCAGCAUCGUCAAGCACGAUUGCACCUAUUCUGACUUCCUAGAUGCGUGCAGCCACAUAUUCUGA